AUGGAGGUACCGUACCACAACAGAAUCAAUGACCAUGAUCCCGCUCAGUCCGGUAUCUGUGACUGUCCAACUCGCACGGCUCCCCGGAGCCUCAUCACCACCGCCAUGGGCGACGACAAUAAAUAUGAAUACGACGCUCUCCCAAUUCCUACCUAUGACGAGGCCAUUGCUUCUCGCCCGGGCUCCUCCCGAUCCAACCUCGGUCCCGAAGAACCCAGCAGCGAUGCCGAACGACAGGGCUUGCUUCACGAUGCCGACGGUAUCACGGCCCCUGGGGGGCCCCGAACCCAUUUUCAUGGUUACCACCCUCCCACAGUCGAAUCCGCUCGGAAUAGCGUUGAUGACCUCGGGUCGUCGGCGGCGGGUUCGGAAAGGGGCUCCCUCGAGGAGCUCCAGCGGGAACUCGAACAAAUGGAUGUGGAGGACGCCAACCAACAGCCAGGCCGACGUGCUCGGUUGAGCUCCCAAUUCUCCAAACAGUUCAGCAAUUUAACGCGCACAUUAUCCUCAAUACACCUACCUCUUCGCCGAUUCCUUCCGAACUUUCGGGUUACCAUCAAUCUUGAUACUGCGCGUUCAAGAAUACACAAUCAUGGAUGCAUGAUCAUGCUGCGUGUCUUCGGGCUACUACUGGUGGUUACUGCUGUUUAUGUCUUCUUCAUAUCUGACGUCUUCAAUAUGAACUCUCGGUUCAUCAUGGGACAGUCGUACAGCGCAGCGUCCGUGGAGAAUUUUAUCCAGACCCAUAUCAAUGAAACCAAUAUCGCGGAGAACUUAAAAAAGAUGACCAAUUUCCCCCAUCUGGCUGGCACUGAAGGAGACUUCAUGCUGAUGCAAUGGAUAGAACAAGAAUUUAGGAGCGCAGGCUUGGAUGAGAUCGAAAGGGAGGAGUUCCACGUGUACUUAAAUUACCCCACGGAUGAUGGAAGAAGAGUGGCGAUUAUCGACCCCCCAGAGCUGGCCUGGGAAGCUGCCCUCGAGGAGAAGGACUCGCAAGUGCUGGCAUUUCAUGGUCACUCGAAAUCGGGGAAUGUUACCGGGCCUCUUGUUUAUGCGAACUACGGUUCGAGAGAAGAUUUCCAAUACCUCACGGACCAGGGAGUGACGGUGAACGGCUCUAUAGCUCUGGUGCGAUAUUACGGGUCGGAAUCGGAUCGGGCCUUGAAGGUCAAAGCCGCUGAACUUGCGGGCGCCGUCGGCUGUAUCAUUUACUCCGACCCCGCAGAGGACGGUUUUGUCCGAGGCCCUGCCUUUCCGGACGGACGGUUUAUGCCAGAGGAUGGUGUGCAGAGAGGCAGUGUGAGUUUGAUGUCGUGGGUUGUCGGAGAUGUUCUUUCUCCCGGAUUUGCCUCAACACCAGAGGAGCAGAAGCGAAUCAAGCCAGAGGAAAGUCAGGGAUUAACGAGCAUUCCGAGCAUACCUAUCGCCUGGCGCGAUGCUCAGAAGCUCUUGCAAGCUCUCCAGGGCCAUGGCUUGAAGGUGCCUGCCAAAUGGGUUGGCGGCGUUCCGAACGUAAAGCACUGGUGGACUGGAGACAAAGGUUCUCCGACCGUCAAUCUCAUGAACCUGCAGGAGGAGGUGGAAAGACGACCUGUCUAUAAUGUAUUCGGAAGGAUCCUUGGACUAGAGCAACCGGAGAAGAAAAUCAUCGUUGGCAAUCACCGAGAUUCAUGGUGCUUCGGAAGCGCUGACCCAGGAAGCGGCACCGCAGUCUUCCUUGAGGUUAUCCGCGUCUUUGGCGAGCUCCUCGAACUAGGGUGGCGUCCGUUACGAACCAUAGAGUUCGUUAGCUGGGAUGCCGAGGAGUACAAUAUGAUUGGAUCUACGGAGCACGUGGAAAAGGAAUUGCAGACCCUACGCGAUAAUGCAUAUGCCUAUCUCAAUGUUGAUGUUGGCGUUGGGGGCAAGGAUUUCGAGGCUGCUGGAUGUCCGGUCUUUGAGCGCGUUGUCAUGCAAAUUCUGGGCCGCAUCUCCGACCCGAUCACCAACGAAACGCUGAAAGAUCUCUGGGGGAAGAAGCAGAAGAGACUUGCUCCUCUUGGAUCUGGCAGUGAUUACGUUGCGUUCCAGGACAUAGCCGGAACCUCCAGUGUGGAUUUCGGGUUUUCCGGCGAACCAUACCCCUACCACAGCUGCUACGAGAAUUGGGACUGGAUGACGAAGUUUGGAGACCCGGGAUUCCAAUACCACAAGAGCUUGGGCCAGUUCUGGGGCUUGCUUCUGAUUCAAUUCGCGGAUAACCCUAUUCUACCCUUCGAUUUGCAAGUUUACGCGGAGCGAGUAGGCGUCUACGUUACUGACUUGGAAAACUACGCCAAAUCUCAGAAGGUCCCCAUGGCUCAUAAGGGCCACGAUAGUCGGGAUGGCUCUGUCACUUUUAAGCCUCUAUAUGAUGCUGCCACGAAAUUCCAGAAUGACGCGGCGAAGUUCCAAAAAUGGAGCCAGAUAUGGCAUGAUGCCGUAUGGGGAUCAGGAGGCUUUGAGAACAACGUGAUGGCUAUUCAGCGAAUAACUUAUAACAACCGGAUGGCGGCCUUUGAAACCCAUCUGUUGGAUGAUCGGGAAGGGGGCGGAGUACCCAAUCGCACCCAGUUUAAGCAUGUUAUCUUUGGCCCGCAGCUGUGGUCUGGCUACGACGCGACCUUCUUUCCGGCGAUUCGAGACAGCAUCGAUGCAGGCAACUGGACCCAAACUCAGGAAUGGGUGGACCGGGUUUCGGACAUUAUUCGUUACGCCACCGACCAACUAUUCCAUAUGUGA